AUGACAAUCUUAAUGUGCUUAUUGCAGAUGAUUGUUUUUACUGUUUCUGCAUCUAAGAAAUCCAAACAGAAACAGUAUGAGUAUUUGAAUGAGAAGGUCUUGUUUAUUGUACUUACAGUGUUUGUGAGUUUGAUUUCUUUUUGCAUUUUGAUCUUUAUCAUACUGGCAUGUCUACAUCAAGGAGGAUUUAGAUUGAUUCGACAGGAGAAGUUAAAAUAAAAGGAGAAAUAAUAAGAAUAAUAAAUGAUAGUGAUAAUUCCAUAGAAUGAGAAAUAGCAUUACAAUUAGUUCCUUUAGGACGUCAACUAAUCGUUAGAUGUUAGCAGAUUAUCAGAUAAUUAAUGUUGA